AUGUUUGAAGGUCUGGUUCAUCAGUUGCUUCUGGGUUACCUGGGUCGAUAUUUUAAGGACAUCCAGAAACGACAGCUGAAGAUUAGACUUGAGGAAGUACUAUUGGAGAAUGUGGAGCUGAUACUCGAAGCAUUUGAUUAUCUCCAGCUUCCAUUCGCACUUAAGCAAGGUCGAGUUGGGAGGUUAAGCAUCAAAAUUCCAUGGAAAAAGCCUUGGGACCCCAUUAUAAUUAUUUUAGAGGAUGUAUUUAUUUCUGCAUCAAAGCGAGAUGAUCAAGAGUGGAGUGCUGAUGCUGUUGAAAAAAGAGAAUUUGCUGGCAAAAAGGCCAAGCUAGCUGCAGCAGAGUUGGGGAAAUUAUCCAGACGUGUGAGUGGUGGUCUUGCUGGGCAAUCUUUUAUUUCUCAUGUCACUGCAAAGAUUCUUGACAGCAUUCAAGUAGAGAUACGGAAUUUUCAUGUUUUGUACAACGAUGUGCAAAAUGACCUGGGGCAUAUUUCAUUUGGUUUGAAGUUUUCUAACUUGACCAUGAAGCAAAAUCUUGUUGGUACUUCAAAUGGAAGGGCGAGUGUGGCCCAAGUAAAUAAAAUUGUGGAGGUGAAAGGACUGGAAAUUUAUUCAAGUUUGUUUCAUAGUUCAACAAUGGACUCAAUAAUUAUGAACACUAUGGGUAACUCCUACUCAGCAAGUAACCUAGGCUCUGAAGGAAAAGAAUACAAUUCCAUAUUGGCACCAUUCGAUCUAACCUUAAUACUUUCGGGUAACAGAUCGCAAAAACUUGAUGAAAAUGCUGCACAAUAUUCUGUUACUGCUGAGCUGAGUGGUUUGGUUAUAUCCGUCGACGAGGUUCAGUUACAACAAAUGUUUUUUGUGUGGGAUUAUGUUUGCACUUGCAGAUUAAGAGAAAAGUAUGGAUGUUUUCGCCCUUGGCAUUGUCCUUUACCAACAAAAGACAAAGGUUGGCAAAUAACAUGGUGGCACUAUGCACAAGAAGCAGUCCUUUCAGAUGUUCGUAAGAAACUAAAGAAAACUUCAUGGAAAUAUUUCGCAGAUCGAUUGAGUUACCGUCGGAAAUAUAUGAACUUGUACAAGAUUAAGUUGGAUUUUCUUCAACAAGAGCAGCCAGUUGAUGAUGACGUUCUUCAAGAUUUGGAGCAAAUGGAGAAAGAAUCGGAUCUAGAUGAUAUUUUGAAUUAUCGAUCCUCUGCAGAAUUUGAGAUGCAGGAGUAUCUCUCUAGGUAUUCUUCUCAUAACAAUGGAAGGAUUGUCCCUGAUAUUACUACAGAAAAGCCAGGAAAUGAUGAGCACAAUGUUAAAUCACGAGGAUGGUUGAAUUGGCUAUCUCGUGGCAUGCUUGGUGCUGGUGGUACUGAUGAUUCUAGUCAAUUUUCUGGAGUUGUGUCAUUUGAUGUUAAGGAUAUUUCUGACGCAACUGAAUUUCAUCCUCUGGUUUCAUCCAGUGUUGAUGUUGUUACAAAGCAUGAGUUGUGCAUAUUUGCAUCAAAGAUUGAAAUUGAUCAGAUUUCCGCAACUCUAUUUAGCAAGAAGCACUGUAAAGGAAUUGCAGAAAUAAUUUUUGAAGGCGGAGUUAUCGAGUCUAAGUUCUACAAAGAGCAUGGAAUUAUUAUCUCCAAAUUCAAGUCUGGGAAAAUGGUUGAGCCCAACAGCAGGGAGAUCUUUUUACAAAUUAGUCGGCCCAAUGUUGAAAGUAAUGUAGUGGAUUUUGUGGAUCAUUCAUGUGACCUUCAAGUAAAUUUUUCAUCUAACCAAGAUGUGGGCAUUUCUGUUAAGGGAAUGCUUCAACAACUUCAAGUGACAUUUGAUGCAUCCAUUUUAUUGAAUUUGUUGGAGUUUUAUGGUUUUGUUACAUCCGUCAAAUUUUAUAAUGAGAGGGUGCUGUUGUCAUUGAAUGGAAUUGAAAAUGACACAACUCGACUCUUAUCUAAAGCAGAAUACGUUGGUGUGAACCAUGAAAGAGUAAUGUGGGAUGUUUCAGUUUUUGACAUUUCUGUUAUUUUUCCUUGGAGAAGUGCAGCAUCAGAAUGUAGCAAUAUGGUAAUUAAGUCAAGGUCUUUGUGCUUCAAGUCUAAAAUUGGUCCCAAGUCUUUCUUUUUAGAAGUUGGAGAUCAGCCUUACUUCCUAAAACACUUUUCAAAUACAAUAUCCACAUCUAAGGAUUGUUUAGGCAUCCGGCUUCAAGAUCUAUAUAGUUACUUAGAUGUUAAACUCAAUGAUUUUGAGAUCGCCAUUCUUAAUUUUGACCGGUCACUAAAGCAUUCUAUUCUCGAGAAAUUUAGUGCUUCAUUUUUCAUGGCUUUAUGUGUUAUCCCUGAUGAGUCCAUUUUGAAGCAGUUAGAGGUUUAUGUGCUCAUAGAGUCAAUGAAAGUACACUUCUCUCCUUCAAUAUAUGUCGCAUUCAUUGACUUUAUUACACAUCUGGACUCGCUGCUUGUAAGGGAUGAAUCUGAAAUCUUGAACCGUGUUUAUCCUCCCAAUAUUGUUUCGGAUGUGCCAACAUAUUCUACUUUUGGUCUAUCCAUUAUUUCAAGACUGGGUUCAAUCGAUCUAGAAGUUGACCUUGAAAAUGGAGAUAACAGCUCAUUGCUCACAGUUUCUUUGCAAGAAGUUUAUGUACGGUUUACUUCUGCUGAAUUUCAGGAGUUAUUUAUCAGUAUGAAGUCUUUGGGGAUCCGUACUAAUGGAGUUGAAGAAGAAAAAGACGUCUGUUUUGAGCUUUUAACAGGGAAUUUAUCAUCUCCUAAUGCUUCCGUCCCAGCACAUUCUGUUCCUCAACCAAGUAUUGAACUUGAUCAAUAUUCUGAUGAAGCUAUGUUGGCCGAUGUGUGUUUUUCAAUGCAUUAUGAAUCUCCCAGAACUGAUUUAGCAUGCCACAAGUGUUUUGUCUAUCUAAGUAAUGCUGAUAUCCACUGCUACCCGCAUAUAGUUGGAAUGCUUGUUGGGUUCUUUCGUAGAUUGUCUGCAUAUACUACUGGUUCUGAGAAAUCCUCCGCGAGUGAUACUGUGGAUAUCUCACAAACUUUUUCAAGCCUUGGGUUGCAAAAGUUUGGAUUCUCAAAUUAUUUCGAAGUUGGUUCUGCUGAUUCUGCAUGCAUUCCAUUUGAUUGCUUUCCGUUUGUUACAAUUUACAAUUCUGGUCCUCUUUGUAAUCUAGAGAGCUCACUUGUGUAUCCCUUUCCCGAGUGGAGAAACCAUUUUGCUCAGAGGGAUAGAAAAAUAAUUAGUCCCAAAUAUUUCCACAUCUCUUCCUCAAAAUGCAAGUCAAAUUUCAGAAAAUUUCUUGAAUCUGGGAUUGCAAGAAUCUCCAAUAAUUUUUCAAUUGAGUUGCAGCUGUAUGGAAUAAGAACACAUUUUCAUGACUCAUCAUGCAUUAUUGGAUCAAUCAUGGUGCCUACAUGCAAAUCUUCCCUAUUGUUUUCUGAAGACAAUAUGGACAUAUUAUCUUCUUCUGAGGGGUUGGUACUUACGUCAUCUUGGGGGCCUCACAGUUUUCAGGAUUAUCUAUGGGGUCCUUCCACUGAUAAUUUAUCCCCUAUUUUAAACGUAAGGGUCAGGAAAGCCCAUAACUUAUCUUCAACUGCUAAUUUAGAAAUAUGCAUCGGCAUUCAGCAUGUGUACUGCAUGCUGCCCUCUGAAUAUCUCUCCAUCAUCAUUGGUUACUUUUCACUCUCUGAUUGGGGUGGUUAUUCUGGUGAUCAGUUUUCCUUUGAUGAGCAAGGUGAUAUAGCUCUAAAAAAUGAAAUAAACCUUACAUAUAGGUUUGAAAUCUUGGAUUGUGAUCUUGUUUUACCAGUAGAAAGUAGUGAACAUCAAUUUCUGAAGGUUGAAUUGCCACAACUUUAUUGUUGUUUCAUUGAGAGUUCUGGUUUUGAUGAUGUAUUGAAGAACAUCCCAAAGGAAUGUUUGGUUCCUAUUCACAAGCUCUCCCAAAGAAAUAAUUGUCUAAAUAUAUUUGGUCGAGAUUUGAAUGUAUCAUUCCUUUUCUGCACAAAUAAUAUCCUUGGCUUAGCAACAAAUGAGUGGAAUACAGAAUUUGUAACAAAUUCUUUAAUUGUGCCCAUAAGUGCUGAUGUUUGGGUCAGAAUUCCCUGUGGAAGUGAAUCUAAUAACAAAAGCUCUUCGUCCAUAUGUUUAAUGACAUGCAUCAGCAGUUGUCAUAUCAUUGCUGAAGAUAGCUACUUUUUUGAUGGAUGUAUGGCUAUAUGGAAUGUUAUUGAGGGAUUUUCUUCAGUUGGUGAACAAUCCAAAUGUUUCAAAACUGAUGUUCUGCAGUUUCUUCAUUCCAAGAGAAGCUUAAAGGAAACUGGAACAACUUCGUCAACUCUGGUACCAUCAACUAUUAUACUGACAGAAGUGAAAUGUUGCACUCAAUCAUUGAUGAUAAGCUUCUGUCAUAGACACGAAGGUUUUGUGGAACCAAUAAGCAAGGGUGAUUUUAAGUUUACUUGUUCUGCGUCCUUAGUUGAUGAUUCUUUGGUAUCGUUGGAUUUGAGGUUCUCUAGAUUGGUGAUUUACUCUUCACACGGUUCUGUCUUGGCAAAAUGUGCCUCAACUUCCUCUUCCAUGUUUGUACUUUGCAUCUGUUUUUCUAUGUCUAUUGACAAUAUGAAUGAGCUCAGUCUUUGUCUUUCCUCUCUUGAUAUAUGGCUUCAUUUGUCUGAGUGGACUGAGAUAGUUAAUUUUCUCAACCAUCUCUAUUUACCUCGGGAGACAACUCCUAUGGAUGCAGUAUCUGAGCAUUUGUCUGUAGAUACUGGUACUUGUAUAAAAGAAGCAGAAGUAAAAGAUGAAUCUAGUUUCCUUGGUUCCGGAAGUACCACAAUACCUUUUACUACUCAGGAGACUGAGAAUGCUGUCUUAUUGAUUAUUAGGUCGGAAAACGUUUGUAUCACAUUUCAUAUCCCCAUCUGGACUAGUGAAGAACCAAAUGUGGAACUUCAUCGUGCUGAAAGUCGAAACCUGACAACUCUAAAUGUAUCCUCUGAUUUUGUUGAAGAAAAGGAUGCAGAGUUUCUCACCGUUUCUGUCAGCGUGAAUGGUUUUGAGUUAGUUAUAAGAAGCAGGGAUAUCCAACUCAAGUCUAAUAUGGAAAGACUGAGCACCGUAAUAAUAUUUGUUGUGAAUGGAAGUCAUACAUCUUUGCCACUUCUUGAUAUAAUCCAGGUUCAUGUGGAUGCUGUCCUCUGUAAAAGUCAUACAGGCAACACAAUAGUCAAAGUCGAGCUUAUAUGCGACCAUUCAGAUCUAUGGCUUUCGCAUCCUGCAUUUUAUUUAUGGGGUGCUUUAAAAUUCGACGUUCCCAAAUCGGAAUCUUCUCAAUAUUCAACCGGAAACAUUUCUUUCAAAUUCCAAAUUAGGAAGGUUUCUGUUCUACUAACAGAUGGAAAGUGGAGCUAUAAUGGGCCUCAGCUGGAAGUUGUUGUGAGAAGCAUCCUCUUCCAUGCAUCUGCAAGUGGAAAGCAUCUGGAAUGUUCUUUCACAGGCGAUCUUCAAGUGAACUACAAAAACAUUGAAAAGGUGUCAUGGGAGCCAUUUGUUGAGCCUUGGCAGUUUCUUUUCACUUUGACCAGGGAUCAAGAAAUCAGUGUUCUUCCAAACAGGUCCCUUUCAACUGAUAUCAUUCUCGAAUCAACAACUCAGCUGAACAUUAAUAUUACAGAGUCAUUGGUAGAGUGUGUUUCACGCACUGCAGAGAUGUUGGAUGAUGCCUUGGGUCUGAUGGGAUUGAAAGAUCAUGAAGGAAACAAAUUCUUACAUCCACCGUGUGCUGAAUACAUUUGUGCAAGAAAAUGUGCUGCUCCUUAUGUUAUACAAAAUUUAACCUCUGUACCACUUCUAUAUCAUGUAUAUAAUGGGCAUAGCAAUCCUAAUGAUAUCUAUGACCCAGAUUUGAAUCAUGCAAAAUAUGUGCAACCAGGUUCUGCAAGUACAAUAUACAUGGAUGAAAAUGCUGAACAACAGCAUUACAGACCUUAUCAUUCUUCUGAUAGUCUAAAUGAGCAAAGGUCAAGUGGCUUAGCUCAUCGUUAUAUUAUGGUACAGCUUGAAGGAACAUCUAUGCCGUCUGAUCCAAUUUCAAUGGAUUUAGUUGGAUUAACGUGCUUUAAUGCUAAUUUCUCCAAGUCAUAUAAUGAGAAUGGUGAUGAUGGUAGAACGAAUACUGCCCCGACUUUUGUUGUUCCUGUUGUUUUAGAUGUUUCUGCAUUACGCUAUAGCAAGUUGAUUCGAAUAUACUCAACUGUUGUUCUUCUGAAUGCAACUUCUGCACCACUUGAGCUGCGGUUUGAUAUUCCAUUUGGUGUGUCACCAACGAUAUUUGAUCCUAUACACCCUGGGCAACAGUUUCCACUUCCACUACAUUUGGCUGAAGCUGGUUGUGUAAGGUGGCGGCCAAUGGGGAACUCUUAUCUGUGGAGUGAAGCUCAUAAACUCUCAAAUCUUGUCUCAGUAAAUGGCAAAGUAGGAAAUUUUAAAUCUUUCAUCUGCUAUCCAUCUCAUCCAAGUAGUCAUCCAUUUCGGUGCUGUUUAUCAGUUAAGAGUAUCAGCUUGACUUCAUCUGGCUGGCUGAAAAAUAAUUUCUCUGUUAAUGACGCAAAGAAGCACUAUAUCCAUCACUUGAUCCUUAGUGCUCCAUUAGUAAUUAACAACUUUCUUCCUAAGGAAAUUUUAUUGAUUAGUGAGAGUGGUGGGCUAAAUCAUACUGUGAGAGUUUCAGAGGUGGAAACUUCUAUUUAUCAUAUUGAUCCUUCUCAUGAUCUAGGACUAGAGAUCUGCAUUGAUGGAUUUAAAUGUCGUGAUUUUAAGUUUCCUCGUUUAGAAACUUUCUGCACAAUGGCCAAGCUCAGUGCAACCAAGUUUUCAAUAUCUGAAACGCUGAUAUUCGAACCAAAUAAUUCAAAUGGACAUAUUUCUAUUACGGUGGAGAAGGUGAUGGAUGCAUAUUCAGGAGGCCUCUAG